UUUUAAUAGGAAACAAAAGGACUUGAUAAAAUGGGAUUUUUGCCAGAUCUUCUUAGCCAAACGGUUUUACGUUCGAUAUUGUUAUGGGGUUUAUAUUUAAAACUUUUAUUCAGCCCAGAAUAUAAUUGGCCAACAGAUUAUCUCACAAGAGUCAACAGUUGCACCAUUAGUUUUUCUUUUUUUACUGGAUUUACAACUGUAUGUGACAAUGCAUGUGACUUGUCCAAAGCAAACAAACUUCCCGUUUUUGAUUACAUUAUCGUUGGAUCUGGAGCAGCUGGAUCUCUUUUGGCAUACAGACUUACGAUGGCAAAUCCAACGCGAAAAGUAUUGUUAAUCGAGGCUGGUAGUGAUCCUAUUAUUGAAUCUGUCCCUCCACCACUGUUUGCAUUUAACCUCAACAACUCAGCUGCUUAUACUUUUAAUGCAGAAGAAUCUCCAAAUUAUGGCAAUGCAUAUAAAAAUGGUGUUGGUUGUAAUUGUGGAAGAAGUGUAGGUGGAUCGACUGAAAUAAACGCAAUGAUGUUCGUGUGUGGAUGUGAUGAGGAUUACAAUUCUUGGGCAACAGCUGCAGGUGAUUCUAGUUGGAAUUAUGCAAACGUUUUACCUUACAUGAAGAAAUCUCAUAGCGUACAAGAUCCAACUGGAUCGCUUUUAGCUGGAAAUUGUGCAGCAUAUCAAGGAUCUAGUGGUCCAUUAAUAGUCACAAAUUCAGACAGUAAUUCUGAUUACAUUACACCGGUUAUGAAAAGUGCAACCAUGGAGCUGAACUAUCCUCAGAGAAGCAGUUCAAAUUGUGGACCUCCAUUUACUGGAUUCUCAAACAUUCCAAUGACGAUUUAUAAUGGUCAACGAGAAAGUGCUGCUAGAGCCUUUUUAGUACCUUUAAGAACCAAGUCAAAUUUCUACUUUAUGCGUAACAGUACAGUUACUAAAGUGAUCACUGCACAAGAUUCGACUGGAGCUUGGGUUGCAACAGGUGUGAAUGUUAUUACAAAUUUUACAAAGUGUCCAAAUAUUGUUUUAAAAGCUGCUCGAGAAGUUAUUCUAUCAGCUGGAUCUUAUAACUCACCUUUAAUAUUACAACGUUCUGGUAUUGGAAAAGCUGCAGAUUUAAGUACAUGUGGAACUCCACAAGUAAGCGACGUUCCAGUCGGUAAAAAUUUAAUGGAUCACAUCUAUUUAACAUCAUUCUGGACUAUUCCUGGUUUCACACCAAAUAAUUUUACUGCAUCCGCUUUUUUUACUGCUGAAGCAGCCAAGUACGUAAACAAUUUUUCAGGCUAUUUUUCACGUCUUCAAGGAAUCAAUUAUGGUGGAUUCAUUAACACAUUGAAUAGUGCAGCAAAUUGUCCAGACGUUCAAAUUGUUUUAGCCAGAUAUGAACAGAACAAUGUUGAUAUAGAUCUCAUGAUGAACGAUAAAUGGGGAUACAAAAAAGAAUAUGCUGAUCAGAUUAUAAAUGCUGCUAAAGAUUAUGCGUUAAUCCAGGUUUUGGCUGUUGUUUUAAAACCACAAUCACGUGGAACAGUCAACCUUCGAUCAUGUACUGAUCCAUUCGCUAAACCUAUUAUUAAUGGUAACUAUUUCAAUGUUACUGAUGAUUUAGACACAUUGGUUAGAGGAAUGCAGGCAGUCUGUAAUAUUUUCAACACAAAUGCUGCAAUAAACGCUGGCAUAAAUCCAUUAAUAUUUAACGUCACUGAAUGUAAUUCAUAUAGUUUCUGCUCAGAUGAUUACAUUCGUUGUAAUGCAAAAUACUUCACACUUAAUUUGUGGCAUCCAUCAGGUACCUGUAAAAUGGGCACAUCAGCCACUGACUCAGUAGUUGAUAAAAGAUUGAAAGUGUUUGGUGUCAAGCGUUUACGAGUUGUUGAUGCUAGUGUUAUGCCUGUUAUUACUGCUGGUAACACACAAUGCCCAACAUACACAAUUGCUGAAAAAGGAGCUGAUAUGAUUUUAGCUGACAAUCCAUAAACAGCCUUGAGCUUCACAAAUGCU